ACUAUGGAUCGAUAGGCCAGAUGAACGCACUUUCGUACAUAAAUUAUUACGACUUGUCAAACCUAAAACAGUGUUUGUGGAACUUAUUUAAUUGAAGGCUAGUUAGGCUAAGCCUAGUUUGUUUGAUCUGCCAACCUCCUAGGUAGGUUAUCAUGCCUUUUGUAAGCCAGGACCCAUUAGUAUUUUGUUAAAUUUCUUCACAGAGGGGAUUUGUUUGAACCUCCCUGGAUCCGCCACUGGGCAAUAAACAUGCAAGUAUUUACUUCCUGACAAAUUCUAUGUGCUCAGAGAAAUUUGUCAUCAAAUUUUACUCCAAGAAAAAAAAGGCAGGAUGAGUGCCAAGUAUAUUGCCAAUACGGAUUUUAAUAUGAAAGAAGGAAUGCCUAACACUACAGAAGCAGGUUCCAGUGUUGGAACAGUGGAUAUCAAUUUGAUUGAACCAGACCAGACUGAAGUGUUUGUCAGUGAACGCUCGAGCAUAAAAAAGACUGUCUUGGGUUUCAUAAUUGUACUUGGGAUUGGCUUGUCCUGGGUCGGUUCAACGCAGUUCACCAAAAGCACAUAUUCCGAUACAUUUGAUGCUCCAUUUUUUACAAUAUGGUUCUCAACGACAUGGAUGCUGGUCUGUUACCCAGGCUACCUACUGGGCGUUGUACUCUUUUCAAAAGAGAAACGCCAAGCAGGACUGAAAUCUGUCUACAAUGAGGAUCAAGCAGUGUAUGGCAGCAGUGGCCUGACCCUAUGGUCAGGGCUGAAAUUGACCUUUCCAUUUGCCAUCUGCUGGGGCAUUACCAACUAUAUGUACGUGCGGGCAUUGGGCGUAAUUGCAGCUGCUGACGUCACAGCACUAUUUGCUUCCAACACUGCUUUUAUAUACAUACUUUCGUGGGUUUGGCUUGAAGAGAAAUUGUCACUUCUUCCAAUAAGAAGUUUGUCAGUCAUUUUGUCAACGGGCGGAAUUGUUCUGAUAUCGUAUGCGGAUGGGUUUGGUGGGCCGACGACGCUUGGUAUUUUUCUCUCCAUCGGUUCAGCUAUUGGUGCAGCAGUUUACAAGGUGCUUUUCAAGAAGUAUGUUGGAGAUGCUACCUCUGGCCAGGUUUCGUUGUUUCUCACUGUCCUUGGUCUUUGUGACUUUGUCUUUUUUUGGCCCAUCAUGCUCAUCCUCUACUACACUGACGUAGAGACGUGGUCUUGGGACACCAUGCCUUGGGACUACCUUUGUGGGAGUGCAGCACUUUCUGUUGUUUUCAAUUUUCUGAUAAAUUUUGGGAUAGCAGUAACAUAUCCACUGUUCAUUGCACUUGGUACUGUUGUUGGUAUACCCAUGAAUGCAGUGGCUGAUUUACUUUUUAGAGAUGAUCCAUUUGGACUUUGGAAAAUUGGCGGCACUGUACUAAUUGUUGGAGGAUUUGUACUAAUGAUACUACCCGAGUCAUUUCAAGCUAAGUUUGCCUGCUGGAGUGACGAAGACUGCCAUAGAAAGGCAACAGAAAAUGAGGAAAAUCAGAGUUAAAGCUAUUACCUGACAAUCUUUUUAAAUAUAUUUUAAGUAUAGGUAAGUUUCCUAGAUUAAAACAUGCGAUAUGAAACCUGCAUAAAAAUACUGUAUGUUCUAUAAUUAAACUUGCUUGAACACCCAAUAAUUGAAAGAAUUUAGAGCAAGCAUUUUCUAUGUUUUGUAAAGGAUUUCACUGAAAUUAACAGCACAAAAAGAAAGGUAUAUUUUUGUACUUUUUUAGGAAUUUUUAAUAAUUUACUUUAAAGAAAUUUGUGACCCAAGAUCGUAAAAGGGCUGUAAACUCGCACCGUGCUGUAUUGAGAAAUAAGCCUCAACAGCCAGAAUAGGGCGUAGAAUGUGAAUUUUGUGUAAAUUGGGUUUUUAUGUAAUAAAUAAAGUAUAACUAUUAAUCUUACUAUUCCUGAAGUUUGAGUUCAAAAUUCCAACUGUAAAAGGUAAAAUUUAGACAUUUUUCAGAUGGGAGUUAGUGAAAAAUGAAUAGAAACCUGCCAAAAGUAAAGGCAAUUUUCUCAAAAAUUGAUUUAAGAAAGUUGAUAAGAUGACAAUUAUUCAAAUGGUCAUAACUUUGCUUCCAGACAUUCUUUAUACAAUUUACUUAUCAAAUCUAAAAGUAGUACUGUACAAAAAAAAUGUUUACAGUAAAAAUUAUUAGGGUGGCUUAAGGAUCAUCACACCAACAGAUAUUAAAACAGCAUUCUUGGUGUUUGCUGUUUGAUGUUGCUGUAGUUUUCUCUCCGCCUAGUUCUUCGAGUUUAACUACCAAUACACCACAAAGAAAAAUACAAUAAAAUAUAUAUAUAGGAGCAAUAAACAAUGAAAAUUCAUUAAGACGUUAAGUAAAUGCAGAACAAAACUUACUUCUGUUGUUGCAAAGGUACCGUCACCAUUGUGUGCAGGUUCAAAUCCCACCAGACACACAUUUCUUCAUACUGUACUUGGAUAAAGGUAAACUUCAUUGAAGCGUAAACGCUUGAUACAAUUAUAACGCCAUGUUCCUAUUCUAGCACUGUUAUUGUUUAUGUAUUUGUUUAAUAACUACAGGUAUUUACUGUAGAUAUACUGUAGAUCAUUCCAUUUAUAUCUAGAGUUUACAGUAACAAUAAAGUAUAUAAUUACAGCU